AUGGAGGAGGUGUACUUCCGGCUGCACCUACAGCUCAUCCGCUGGGCGCAGCGUCUUCUAAGUGCUGCGAACCGCGAAAGGAUCGAGAUGUUUUUGUUCGUAGUCGCUUCGCACUUUCUUCUGCUGUUUUUCAUACUACAUGCGAGUUUUAUCAGCGAUGGUGGUUCAGUUAGCUGUCUAGCACAGAUUCUACCGCCUUCAGCGACCCCCUACAGUCUCCAGGACGGUCAUCUUCGUCUGCUCCGAAUUCAAAUAAUGCCCGACAUUGACGCGGCUGCUUGGAGCCUCUCGACGGGCUCCUUCGUAUACGCUCCCCAGAAGAGUCUAUUGGCAUUGUUGGAACACGCCAACACUAUUCAGACUGACGUGAAGAUGGACACACUGUUGCUCCCCAAAUCGUCUCAGUGUUUUAAACUGCGAUGGUUUAAUGACUUGCCACUGUGCUCGUUCAUAAGGGAUAAAGUGGUUGGAUACGAUAUAAUAUUAGUGAACCAAAUAGUAAAACACUUUGGCGCUCGAGGGGUCUUUUACAGAGAAGACAGCCGCUCGACCAUCAAUUUGAGCUACGGAGUAUUUAACCCGACGUUGGCGGCACAAAGUUGGUUGAGGUUCGUGGCCAUGAAAGUUAAAAUCCUGCACACGAUCCUGUUCUUGCUCUUUGCUCUGGCUGCGCUGGUGGCCUUUGUGCUGAUGGAGACGCAGAAGAGGAUGAUCACGUUUGCAGCACUGUUCCAGAACCGACACCAGCUCCAGAUCCCCUUUGCCAACCUGGUUUUGACUUUUUUCGCGCAGUCGCUCGUGUUUGUUCCAGUUCUGGUGGGUAUGGUAUAUUUCUUGUUCGAGCUCUACAAGGAUCGUUUACUGGCAUUUGGCGUCAUGACGAUCAUGUGGAUGGGCGAGUCGUUCUCGGUCGUCAGCGUGCGGACGAGACUGUCACAAGCCUAUUUCCCUCCGCUGUUCUUCUGUCUCUUCACGUUACUUCACAUUUAUCUCUUCUCGUUUCCGUUUGGCUUCUCGUAUGUCGCGCUGGGUGUAACGAGCCUUCUCCUCCUCCAACUGAUGCUCUUCUUCUGGAACUGCUUCGAGAUCCCAGCUCUGAAUCGAGGCGACAUUUCAAGAAUGUGUUCACGAGAGCAAUUAUUUCUUUCCUUUUUAUUUUAA